CUUUUUAGUAGUGCACUCCUUUCUUCAUUCACAUUAUCCUGAUCAGGGACGCAUGUGAUUCUGGUGUGGCUUCAAGGAGUGCUGAUAAUAUGGCACUGGCUGUCUGUCUCUGUUGGAGCUCCAUGUUUCUUGUAACUGUUCUUGCAGUCCCGCGCUCUCCUGCUAAUUUAGGCCACACAUCAUCUGCCAAAGUACGUUUAGUGGGAAACGGUCACAGAGAGAAUGAAGGUCGCAUUGAAGUGCUGCACAACAGUACAUGGGGAACUGUGUGUGAUGACGAGGUUGACAUUAAAUUGGCAAAUGUGGUUUGCAGAGAACUAGGCUUCCGAGGGGCCAUCACAUGGGCACACAGCGCCAGAUAUGGAGAGGGAGAUGGUCCUAUUUGGAUGGAUAAUGUGCGUUGUGAUGGUUCAGAGAAAUCAGUGAAAGAGUGCAAGUCAAAUGGAUGGGGCGUCCAUGACUGCAAACACUCAGAGGACCUUGGUGUAGUGUGUAAUCCUGAGAGAAGACUUGACCAAAUGGUUUCUGGAGGGCCUAGAAGAAGCUCUUCUACUAGAAGCAAUGCUGCUACCUCAAACCAGUGGCAUGAUAUCUACUCGAAUUCAAGAGCCCCCGGGCAGGGCAGACACCAGUCACAUGAUCCGCCUAGCAGUAAAGUAAAGAUUCAGGAAGUUCGACUGCGGCCAGUUUUGAUGACUACGAAGAAACGUGCAUUAGUGACACAGGGUGUGGUGGAAGUAAAGCAUGCUGGAAGAUGGAGGCAGGUCUGUGACAAAGGCUGGAGUCUGAACAGCAGCAGGGUGGUGUGUGGCAUGCUGGGAUUCCCUGAAGCUUUGCAGCCUAACAUAAAAGCUUAUAAAAAAAUAUGGGAUGAAAAAGUCAAGGAUCCAUCAACCAGGCUAAGUUUUAUGGCCAAAAAGAAGAGUUUUUGGGUGGAGAAAAUGCAUUGCCUUGGUACAGAACCCAGCCUGGCAGAGUGCCGUGCCCAGCUCUCCAUUCCUCAUAGUACUACCCCAUGUAAAAAUGGACGCUAUGUAGUGGUCCACUGCAAACCUGGGCCACAAUUUUCACGCAUGUCCUCAGGGAGGCCUCAAGCCUCACAUCUGAUCAAGCCGGCAGUGCGGUUGAAGUCAGGACCUCGCUUGGGUGAAGGCAGGGUGGAAGUUUUGCGUGAAGGAAAGUGGGGAACUGUGGUUGAUCAUCUUUGGGAUCGUGUCUCUGCCAGUGUGGUAUGCAGAGAAUUGGGUUUUGGUACUGCCAAAGAAGCCCUAACUGGAGCCUACAUGGGACAAGGAACCGGGCCAAUCCAUAUAAACUCGGUUCAAUGUACAGGAAGAGAGCGCUCCAUCUUGGAUUGCCAUUUCCAACAAGUUCAGCCCUGGACAUUCAAACAUACCCAAGAUGCAUCUGUCAAAUGUAAUGUUCCCAAGACAGGCUUUGAAACCACAGUGCGGUUAGUAGGAGGCAGAGAUGUGUCAGAAGGCCGGGUGGAAGUGCUAAUGGAGGUUGGGGGCAGGAAGCGCUGGGGAGCAGUGUGCAGUGAGAACUGGGGCAUUAACGAGGCAAUGGUAGUGUGCAGACAGCUGGGCUUUGGCUUUGCUGCACGUGCCCAUCAGGACACAUAUUACUGGCCCGGGGACCCUAAUGCUCAUGAAGUGCUACUGAGUGGGACUCACUGCGUGGGCACUGAACUCUCCAUUCAGCAAUGUCGCCGAAACAGCAAUGUAUAUUGUCCCCGUGGAGGAGGAACCAAAGCAGCCGGAGUCACCUGCUCAGAAGUUGCCCCCGACCUGGUGUUGGAUUCACAACUGGUGCAGGAGUCAGCAUAUCUGGAGGAUCGACCACUUCACUUGCUCACCUGUGCUCAUGAGGAGAACUGCCUGUCUUCUUCAGCCAGAAGUAUGAACUGGCCUUAUGGCCACCGGCGUCUGCUGCGUUUUUCCUCCCGCAUCAUGAACCUGGGGAGAGCCGACUUCAGGCCCAAAGCUUCACGAGAAUCCUGGACAUGGCACCAAUGCCAUAGGCACUACCACAGCAUCGAAGUGUUUACACACUAUGACCUUCUCACACUUAACGGAACCAAAGUGGCAGAGGGACACAAAGCCAGUUUUUGUCUGGAGGACACAUUUUGUCCUGAUGGACUUCAGAAACGCUUUUCCUGUUACAACUAUGGAGAUCAAGGAAUUUCAGUGGGUUGUUGGGAUACAUAUCGUCAUGAUAUUGACUGCCAAUGGGUAGAUAUCACAGAUGUCAGGCCAGGAGAUUAUAUUUUCCAUGUGGAAGUAAAUCCGUCACUGGACAUGGCAGAGUCAGACUUCAUGAAUAAUGUAAUGCGCUGUAGGUGCAGAUAUGAUGGUCACAGAGUCUUUAUGUACGGCUGUCAUGCAGGGGACGCCUAUAGUGCUGAGAUUGAAGACUUGUUUGAACACCAGCGCCAGAUCACUAACAACUUCCUCUGAGCUGUGUGACCUGUUCCACUACGGAGGAUAAACCAUCAUUUCAAAAAGUCAAAAUGCAUUUAUAAGUGGAGAUGUAGUAACUGUUCAGAUAGCACCUCAGUGCUAACCAGUUACUGAAAAUGAUAAAAAGAGAUGGAGAUUUAUUUAUAUUUGCUGAUAAGUUUAUUAAUUAGUGGUCAAUGGAAAUAAACUAUAUACAAUUUUAAUAUAGCGAUAUUUCGGAAUAGAUAGAUUUUGGUAUAUACAUAAUUUACUCUUUUUUUUAAUCUGAAUAUAUAAAUUGAAUUUUAUUCGCUGACCUCCAGCACAGUGAAUUUUAUUACAAUAUAUUCAGUAAUAUUCUUUGAGUGUUGCACUUUACAUGUUGGCCAUCAGUAUUCUUUAUAGAUAAAUUGCCCUAUCUUCACCAUAGGGUCAGAAUUGAGGUCUUUGUUGUUUUUAUUUUUUAAUUGUUUUUUUUUAUUAUUAUGUUUUUUUGUUCGGUUUUUUUUUGGUUUUAUUCAGUAUUUAACUCUAUACCUCCCUUCCUCUUGUUCUUGUCUUUCUGCCUUUCCAUCAAGCUAAUGUGUUUGGGAAGUUCCUGAAAUGGUUAUAUAUUAUUACAGUCAUUUGUACAGUACAAAAUGCAAAUUAAUUUAUUUAAUGCUUUGUUGAGCUCAUUUUAUAUUUGAAUCUAGGAAAGGUUAUUUUUUAUUAAUCUUUACAUUUAAUAAACAUUUAUAAUGUUUGUAUUCAUCUUUUGAACCAUCAGGAGCCUGAAGCAAGAGAAAAAGUGCAAGUAAACAGAGUAAAGCUUUGCUUAUUUGAAUAUGGAGGGGGAAAAAUCUGCUUUAAAGUAAAACAACUUGCUUGACUGAAGCAUUAAUGUAUUUAUUGAUGGAAAACACACCUUUAUUGAUGAGUAUUGUGUUAUCAUGUCACAGCUAUGACACCUUGGUCUGUUUAUUACCUCAUUAGCUUCCCUUUGAAGAAAUUUACUAGCAGCCACUAACUGUAUAAGCAUUUUAGAUCAUGAACUGUAACUGUAACCUCAAUGACAUUUUUAUCUUUAAAGACGUGUACAUUUGACUGAGCUUUUCACCAGCUUAUAUGUCUGCUUAUUUUUAAAAAAAUGCCUAUUUUGAUACACUUUUACAACAUACUGUAGUUAUCAUGUUUCAAAAGGUGCAAAAUGACUUACUGUUUUUUUUUCCUUAGUGUAUUGAGUGUUCUAGGAUUCUGAAAAUAUUUUCUACUUAUUUACUUUUACAUGCUUUUAUAAUGUACUCUGAUUCUUUUUUAUCCAGUUGAUUUUUAUUUAAAAGCCAUCAUCACACAAUACUGUAUUUCCACUAUAAGGAAGCUAUGUGAACUGUCGCUAGGCAAAGGUUAUAUUUGAUACUCAAUGUACAUGGUUCCUGAAACCCAUAUUCUGUCAUCAGCUCAGUCUAAACAAAUACUAUUUUAUCCCAUUUGCUCUCAGGGAAGAACUGUUUGUGUGACAUUGGUUUUAUUAAGGGUUCUAAAGCAUACAAAAGCAGAUCAGAUAUUGAUCAGAAAUCAAUUAUCCAGGACAUUUCAGAUGCUUUAGAACUGGGUGCUGAUUUUUUCUUUCCCACAAAAGUGGCUUCUCACUGGUUGGUAGUCAUUGUACUAAUAUUAAAAUUAAUGCAAAGACUGUGUUCUAAUGUGAAUGGAAAUAACUAAUCAGGUGCAAGUCAGCUAAAUGAAUAAAUGAUCAAUAAAUAUAUGAGUAUGUUUUUGAUAUAACUGUAUGUUCAUAUUUUGUAUUGGCAACAAGCUACGAAAAGAUGCAUGGAUAUGUACUGUAUGUAUUCUCUUUACUGUUUGGUGUCUUAGGUUUGCAUUCAUUUAAAAAAAAAUGUUAAUGCAAAUAUAAUUGUUUAAUUGUCUGAAAAAAAUGCUACCUAGUUACUAUUGCAAAACAGGGAGUUUAAUUGAAGGGCAUAGCUGAGAAAACUUCCUAAUAAGUGGGUGGAUUGGAGCACCUGGUUGAUUCACUGCUGUGGUGCUUAUCACCCAGCAUCAACACGCAGGACUAAACUGACAGCCACUGUGUUCUCUUUUUACUCGUGCAAACCAAAAGUAUGUACUGUUUCCAAACAUGUUUGCAUAUGGAAUGCCAAAUUCUCUCCACCCUGCCCUUCCUCAACAAACUUCCAA